ACGUAUGGAACAGGUAUUCGGUUCGGUUGAUAAGUGCCGGUUAAAGCUAUUGAUGUAAUAACCGAUUAACCUAUAACUGUUUUUAAUCAAUAGCCCCAUCUCUAAGAACGGAACGAGGAUGGUUGCGUUGUUGAGGUUACAUGGGCGGUCACCACGCAGUCACAUGUUAGCACUGUCAGCUGUCACCACCAAUUUUCUUAUGUUCUAUGUCAUGAAUGAUUUUCGAAAAACAUGCUAUGUUAAGUGAAAUUAAUUGUAUCUUGCAAGAACGUUAUUGGAGAAACGAUGGGAACGGUACAUGCAAAGGCUGACGAAAAACUAACAGAAGUACCUCAUUUUGCACAUAAACAUACAUUUCGAGAACUACCCGAGAAGGAGCAAAUUAAAGAGAUUGACCUAGAAGGAAUACAGGCUAGGGUAGAUAAGAUAAAUGUGGAUGGCCUAGCAAGAACAAAAAAUGACAUAGUAGAGGAUUGUAUCAAGGAUUUAUUCAAAGCAACAGAUUUCCAGGAUGUUCUAUUGAAAGCACACAGGGCUCGCGUGAAACUUGAUGAGUUAGGAUGCUUUAAAAAUAUAUCUGUAUUUAUUGAUACCAGCAAAGGACCAAAAUCUACACCAGAUGGUUUGGAGGUGACAUUCAAUGUGAGAGAACAUAAAAGGAUAACAGGUGGAGUGUCCACUCAGGUGGGUAACAACGAAGGAGCUCUACUGGUGGGGAUGCGCGUGCCCAAUCUCUUUGGCAGAGGGGAAAGGGUCCAAGUUGAAUACAGUUAUGGCAGCAAAAAGACGACCAAUUUCAAUGUGGCAUUCAUCAAACCUAUCAGGGGCAGACAUAGAUCGGCGUUUACUACCAGCAUCUUCCAACAGCAUUCAGAGUGGCCUCCAUCCAGUUAUAAGUUGGUAGAAAGAGGUGUGCUGUUAGAUUAUGGGUUUCAUUCUACGUCACUUUUGAAACACAACUUGCAAUGGGAAGGCAAUAUUCGGGAUCUGACCGUCUUAAGUCGCUCCGCUUCAUUUGACGUCCGCGAACAAUCAGGCUUGACCCUUAAGUCGGCCCUGAAGCACAUUCUCUCCGUAGAUCUAAGAGACGAUAUUAUUUUUCCAUCAACUGGUGCUCUGUUCAAAUUGACUUCAGAGGUAGCAGGGUUGGGUGGCGAUGUUGGGUUCCUCAAGAACGAGUUCUUCAUACAAAGCAACUAUUCUUUGAUGGAAGAUGUGGUUGUGCAAGCCAGCUUAUCGGCAGGUUACCUAUCUCCCCUGUCUUCAGGCCAUAAAAAGAUUGGCGCUGCAGAUGCUUUCUACCUAGGCGGGCCCCUAUCACUCAGGGGCUUCCGUCCAAGAGGAUGCGGUCCACGAUCCAGUGAUGGAGAUUCUCUUGGUGCAAGGUGUUUCUGGAGUGCUGGUCUACAUCUGUUUGCACCAUUGCCUUUUAGGAAAAGCUCCAGUAAAGGAGGCCUGGCCGACCUAUUUAGGACACACAUAUUCGUGAAUGCCGGAAAUGUACUGGCAGAUCUCGACCUAGCAGGCGGCGAUAAGGACUUGUUAGAAACCCUCCUGACAAAUCUACGACUGUCCUACGGUCUCGGCAUCGCAUUGAGACUGGGCAAUAUGGCGCGCUUGGAAGUGAACUACUGCUUCCCGCACAGUUACGACAAAAACGAUAAGACGCAGCCGGGUGUACAAUUUGGCAUUGGUGUGCAAUUCUUAUAG